AUGCCCAGCCUACUCAAUCUCUUCUUCAUGAUUUUCUUUCUCCUGGAGUCUAUAGUAGCAAUCCUAGGAAAUGGUUUCAUCAUCGUAGGGCUGGGCAGGGAAUGGGUACGAUGUUGGACCUUGCCCCCUGGUGAUAUGAUCCUGGCCAGCCUUGGCAUCUCCCGAUUCUUUCUACAUUGUGCAGCAGUUCUGAACAACUUCUAUAAUUAUUUCUCUUCAAAUAACAGAAGUGUAUACUUUAUUAUUUUCUGGUCUUUUAGUAACGUGACCACAUUCUGGUUCACCACCUGGCUUGCUGUUUUCUACUGUGUGAAAAUUUCUUCCUUCACUCACCCAAUCUUCCUCUGGCUGAAAUGGAGAAUUUCCCGAUGUGUCCCCUGGCUACUGUUGUGUUCUUUACUGAUAUCCAAUCUGAUAUUUAUCCCAUCUGUUGUAAAGACCUAUCUUGUUUUGUACCUGCCAGUCACUGGGAAUUACUCAGAAAAGACCACUUUGGAUGAUAUUACUUGGGCAUUCCAGAGGCAUAUUUUCAAACCUCUGCAAAUAUUUAUUUUGUUAAUUCCUUACCUCUUCUUUCUGGUCUCCACCAUCUUACUCAUUUCCUCCCUGUGCCGACACUUGGGUAACAUGCAGCAGCACAGUACUGGUCCUCAGGAUCAGAGUAUGCAGGUCCACAUUACAACCCUAAAGUCACUUUUCUUCUUUCUCAUCCUCUAUACAUCAUAUGUUCUGCCUCUGAUCAUUGCCCUCACAGCACCUAUUUCAGUUUGCAGCUUUUGGUUUUGGGUUUGGCAGGUAGUGAUCUAUGCUGGCAUCUCCAUCCAUCCUGCCUUGCUGAUCCUGAACACGUCAAAACUGAGAAGGGCUCUGAAGAAGAUGCUUCAUGACCCAGAGACUGCGUGA